AUGGCCGGUGUUCCUUACAAAACUGACAAGCCUCUCGCUGAUGCCACCGAGCAUCGCAUCCGCAUUACUCUCACCUCGCAAAACGUGGUCGCACUCGAGAAAGUGUGCGCUCAACUCAUCAAGGGUGCCAAGGACAAGGAGCUCAUCGUGAAGGGCCCCAUCUACAUGCCGACCAAGACUCUCCGUAUUACCACCCGUAAAACCCCUUGCGGAGAAGGCUCAAAGACUUGGGAUCGUUAUCAGAUGCGUGUACACAAGCGCCUUAUCAACUUGCACUCGCCUUCUGAUGUGCUCCGUCAAAUUACCUCAAUCUCGAUUGAACCAGGAGUUGAUGUGGAGGUCACCAUUGCCGACCAGCAG